AUUUUUUUGUCACAGACCAUACGCUCUUGGUCGUCGGAGUUGGACGAAAUGAAAGAUUGCAGUCUUGCACAGCUCUUCUGGUCUUGUUUCGUGAUUGCUUACGCCGUGGCCGUCAACAGCACCAUCGUAACCUCUGCCGCGUCUGAUGGAGCGUUGCCACUCCAAGUGAACGUGUUUGUGGACGACAGUGGUGCGCUCAAAUAUGCAGUGCUCGCCGGCGAUCACCAGAUCAUCAAUCCGUCCUCCCUUGGGCUUUUAUUGGCUGGAGACGCUAAUCUGGGAGAGGACGUGGAGAUUGUGGCAGAAACGGACCCGAAGGAGGUACAGAAGACUUAUCGAAAAAUGGGCACUCAUCCAGUCGCUCACAGCCAUUACGGUAAGCCGUAGACAUGACAUUCGUGGGUUCAAAAUGAUUGCGCAGCGUGCAGUGGAGGUGACCUACACCGUCCAUCAUAUACCUAGCGUACGAUGAAAGAAGCGCCUCAGGACACUGCUAUGAGAUUUUUACUGGUUGUUUCAGGGCUUGCGGUAUUACAUCGACUUCAGAAGAUUUCUGGAUGAGUCAACUGGCAUUGCAUUUCGCUAUCGGAUACAGCAAACGCCCAAGGAGCCCUUAUCAACAACGACGGGUCCAUUUCUCAUGAAGGAAGGCAUGAGCGAGUCCAUGAUCAUCAAGGCAGAUAUGUCGGAGUUUCUCGUCAACUUCACGGAAGCAGAUCGGGCAUGGUACUUCGAAAGAGCCGACGGAAUGCUAUAUGACGAGAUGAUGACAUCCACCGGCGAAUGGAGAAAGACAGGCCCCCAAAACUUGCGGACCCGGCAGCGAGGCAACAAGAAUCGUUAUGGACUACCUCUCCUCAUUGAGGAUUCAACCUGGAGCGUUCCCUAUCCAUACCGGAUGAUUGCAGAGGCUGCUCUAUUUGAUUCCGACGGCUUUCACCUCGUGGCACUUCCCGAUGGCGAUAGAGCGGGGUUCCGAGCAGAGUUCGCACACAGCUAUUGGAGGCGGAUUCCAUCGCUGCGGAUGCGAAUGCCUUUGACCACCUCCUGGCGCGUCAUUCUCUUGGCGAAGAACCUCAACCACCUCAUCAACAGUGAUCUGAUCACUCAUCUGUCUCCAUCCCCUGAAGAACGUAAUCCGGGACUCUUCAAUUUCAAAAAUGCCACUGAUGGCCCGCCGGACUUUCCCGACUACAUCAAGCCUGGCAGGUAACGGAAAUGGACACACACAAUGGACAAAACGGAUUUGAUGUGUCGCGAUUCGUCUUUGGACAGAUCUGUGGUAAGCCACAUUGAAUGCAGUACGCAAAAGACACUCUGCACUUGCUGAACCGCUUUGGCCUCUGCAGUGGAACUGGUACAUGGACCGGGAGGUUUCAAGGAUAACAGCCGAGGAAGAGAUGGAAUACAUCGAGGCUGCAGACAAGAUGGGCUUUGAGUAUGCGACUAUUGACAACGGGUGGCAGAGGUGGAAACCUAGAUCUACUAUCAAUCGGGUCGCAGCCUUUGCGCGACAGAAUGGGAUGGGCAUCUUGGUCUGGAAAUACAGAAAAGCUAUUGAUGACGCUCGUAACGAUUAUGAGAGCCUUCGAACCUUUCUUGACUACGUGAAGGAGACCGGGGCAGCCGGUGUGAAGUUCGAUUUCUUCGUUUCCGAAUUGCGGGAGACCGUUGAAUUUGAGGAGCUGGUGAUGCGUGAGGCUGCUAAACGAGAGCUCCUUGUCAACCUACAUGGCGUUCAAAAACCGACAGGGUACUGUACAUUCAUUGCACGGAUCAUUGCCAGAAACCUUCUGUAUGUAUAUCGAAAAACAGUGAGACGCGGACAUACCCGAAUCAAAUAACCCGGGAAGCAAUCUUGGUGAGCGCCGCUCACCAACUACUUAUAUCCGUCGCUGACCAUGUACUUGUAUGUAUCAACCAGGGAAUGGAGAUUAACAAGAUAUCACCGAAUAAGAUCCCACCGUGGCACAGUGCCGCACUGACGUUCACCAGGUACAAGGCACUACCUCUAUCAUUCACUUCAAGAACCUUCUCUAUUGUCUCCUCACACACGCGGACAGGUUCCCGUUGGGUCCAGCGGACGUAAGAUUCUGGUCAUCGUCGCAGAAUAUGUCGGAGAGUAUGUCCUUUCGACUUGUGCCUUGCUGUGUAGUAUACACCAGUGGUCAUACAGAACAGUACUCGGAGAGGACCAACAACCCAGGUACCACCGGGCCUGCAAAGUACACCUGCACUCAUUGUUUGCUGCUUGGUUUCGCUUCGGACAGGUUCACCAAGUGGCGCUUCUUGUGACAUUUACAUCGCCUCUUCAAACCAUUGCAGAGAGCCCCACGUUCCUUCUGAGACAGAAGUAUAAUGACAUCGUGAGAGACAUUCCCACUGUUUGGGACGAGACGAGAGCGGUACCCCCGAGCGUGAUUGGCAGCUUGACCGUGCUGGCGAGGCGGAAGGACGACACCUGGUUCUUAGGCAUUGUCAGCGGACGCAUGGAGACACGCACUAUUCGAUCAAUACCCCUAGGCUUCCUCGACAGGAGUAAAAGCUACACUGCGACGUUUCUGUUCACUAAGACCCUCCGCGGGGAGACGGAGGAGGACGUGGCAGUCAACAAGGUGGCCAGAUUCCGAUACAAGAGACUUACCAACGUCAGACUGUGGGGCGAAAGGACCAAAGGUGACGGCCUGGUCACCAUUUUUAAGCCGACGGAUGCCAGAGACAUUUCUUGAGGGGAAGUCAUUAAUGAAGGUCGGUCAUUGCCAUCUGAGAGUUCCUCAAGGCUCAGUCUGAAGCAUGUGGGCAUUCGCAGCUUGUGGGCCCUCCUGGACCUUCGUGGAGUCUGGAAUUCCUGGAGCUUCUAGUUACGGCGCCAGGCCGACACGCCAAUUAUGUCCUUUCUCUCUUCUCUCUCAACCCUUACUCGUCACCCCACCCUAAGGAACGGAGCCACAGACAAAGCCAUGCAGCACAGGAAAACGGAGACCGAGAGACAAACCAGCCAUUGGGAGAGCGGUGCCACAUAUGCGAAGUAUGCGAACUAGUCCAGAGAAGAGAACACGCAAUAUCAUAGGAAUCAAACGGGGGAAUCCGUAACAGAGGUGCGUGGCGAGAGGCAAGCUAGGGCGGCUCGUUUGUGGUGUGGACGUGUGUGGGCGGCGGAGCAUGAAGUUUGGG